GCUAGGACAUUUGCCGAAAUGGUGCUUGAAACGUCCGGUGUUGCGUCUUGAACUUGCUCGGGCGCCUCCGGCGUGGCCACGAACGACGACUCGCUACUUCCAUCCGCUGCGGCGAGUCGGGCAGCAGUCGCAUAGCUAGGGUUUCCCCACUGCUGACCCCAGACCGCGUACUAGUGAUGCGAGUAUCGGUUGCUGCGUCCUUGUUCGCGGAAACACAUAACAAGACUCACUCUAACGCGCCAAUCCGGGCAGUCCCUUCUGAGGCUCUCUGGUACGUCAGUCUUCGACAUCUUGAUGUCCGAAGUGUUUGAUCCCCGCGUUUCAGCCGAAUACAAGGGCGCGAUGCGGAGUACAAGGGAGGAGAAGGAGCGGAGGGCGGGGAGCUCCGCGAUGGGUGAACGCAGGAGGGACGGUACUCAGCGGCGCACCGACGUUCGUGGUCGUGCUGAGGUCCUGCUGCAUUGGGUGCCAUGUCCGCACGCAGUGCCCGGUCUCAGGCACAGUACCGGACGCGUCCUCCGGCUGGCUCGCCGGUUGGCCUGCUUCUACGCAGAGCACGGACCCCGCCGACGUUGGACAUAUAGGGGUCGGCGGCGCGAAGGCUGCGCUCGUCCAGCGUCAAGGCGUCUGAUGCAUAUCGGAGGACGCAGAAGAAGACGCUCGGUUGAGGAGAUGAUGACAUCCUGCGGGCAGCGAGGGGCGAGGGUCGGGGGCCAGCCGCUUGAGCGAGCGAGGUAUAUUAUAGCUGAGAAAAGCUCCGGGCGCGAAGAUGCUUUGGUGAGCAAGGCUAGUCUCUCCGACAGAAGGACGCGAAGUGUCGCGGACCCUCACAGACGUCCCACAGCGGUUGACGAAUGGGAUGCCUCCCAGAUGGGACCAUCCGUCACUUUAUUGGUCACAGUCUCCCAAGUAUCGGUCUGUCGCCCAGCAGACGCGCGGAAAGUGCCUGGGGAACCCUGGGGGCUGAACGUUUGAACGCGAGACGCAGGGAUGGGCGUCAUGUUCCAUCCCCCAGAACGCACGUGAUCGCGUACCGGACGUAACUUAAGUCUUACGAG